AUGAUCUGUCUGUAUUCAGCGGGUGGUAUGAAAGAUGCUGACAUCAGUGUGGCAUGGGUUGAUGAGACAGGCAGUGUAUUUAUUCAAGAUCGCUAUGGAAUCGCCAAUGAACGCCCUAUGUUUGAUAAUACCACGAUUGAUUGGUUUGCUCUUCAAGGUCGUGAAGCAAAUGGAUGGACAGCUAUUCAAUUCAAGCGUUUACUAGACACCUGUGAUCUCAUGGAUGUUCCAAUCAAGCCUGGUACCAAUAAUCUUAUUUUUGCUUAUGGUAUGACCGAUCCUAGUCCUUCAGGACCAAAUGGUGAAAUCUCUUAUCAUGGAAAUCGACGCGGUUCACGUACUAUUCCUCUUCGAUCAUAUCCUGAUCCACCAUCCGAAGAGACAUAUGCUGGACUUGACUACUUCGAAUUUCAUUUAAAUAAUUAUGUUGUUCCACCAGCGGAUACCACCUAUCAUUGUAAAAUAUACAAAGUUCCGAGCCAUUAUUCAAUGAAACGACAUGCUAUUGGUCAAAAGACGAUUGUUGAUUCAGCCAACUUAGAUCUUGUUCAUCAUCUACUAAUGUAUGAAUGUGAUCCAACAGCUCAAUUUGAUGAUAAUAACUUGCCUGACGAUUUGUGUGAUUCGAUUUAUCAACAAAUAGAACCGUGUGCAUUUAAUAUUGCAACUGGUUGGGCUGUCGGUGGGGACUAUAUGCUUGCAUAUCCAGAAGAAGCUGGAUAUCCUGUUGGAGGUAAUUUCCCUAUCAAAUAUUAUAUGGUUCAAAUACAUUAUAGCAAUCCAAAUCAACUUUCAAAUCGUAAGGAUAGUUCAGGUAUUCGUUUUUACAUUGGAAAAGAACUUCGUCAAUAUGACCUUGGCUAUUUGAGUUUGGGCACUGACGCAAGCGCAUUAGGUCUGGCUAUUCCACCAAAAGUGGAGCGAUUUAUUGUUGAUUCGUAUUGCUCGGCAAAUGCUACAGUGAAUUUUCCCGAAGAGGGCAUCACAGUUGUUUCUGCUUUUCCACAUACACAUUUGCAAGGUCGCACGGUGUGGACGAAAUUGAUUCGAAAUAAAACAGCUGUACAAUAUUUAUUCGAUGCAGAAGCCUAUGAUUUCAAUUAUCAAUAUUUUAAUCGUUUACCACAACCGAUCAAAUUAUUUCCAGUAAGAUAG